AUGGCCCAGGCUCAGGUGUAUCUACCAGAAUGUUUUAAAGUUGCCUAUGGAAAAGUGGGCCAGUACCAAAGAUUCCAGCAACUCAAAAAGAAAAAUGGUUCAUUUAAAAGAAAGGGGAUUGAAAGAUAGCGUAGAGCUAUGUCUACCAACUUAAUAAAACAAAAUGUAUUGGUCCCCAAAGAGGGAUCAUCCAGUGACAGUGACAUGGCAUUUCAUGAAAGCCAGCAAAAUCAGAAAAAAAAUGUGAAGAAAGUGAAGACUGCUUUUAGGAGGAUGCUGUCAUACAAGUAUAGGAAGAAGCCAGCAAGUGCCAGCAAAGAGGGCUCAGCUAAGCCUAGCCUCCUUUCAAAUACACAGAGCCUUUUUCCUUGAAUUGUCAAGGAGCUGCCAUCUCCCAACUUAUUUACCAAACCAAGAAUAAGAAGGCUCCCAGAGAAUGCAACUAUACAACUUGGUGUUGUAGAAGCAGAGACAGAGGAGAUAACCCGAGGAAAUACACUCCUCCAGGCCAGGAGAACCAUUAAGUGGUUAUCUAUGACAUCUCUUCCUUCAGGAUUGCAAAAGGUUCCAUAUUCAUCAAAAAAAAGACAACACUUUCCAGCACUUAAUAAAAAGAAACAUGGCAUGGAAACCAUCCUCCAAAAAUCAGAUUUGAUAGUAGGAAAACUUCAAAUGCAGGUGGAUGACCUCAUAGAAACAGUAACUGAUAAAUACAUGAACCUAUUGGCCCAAAGAAACGCUGAGCUUCAACAGUGUGAGUGUCUAGGGGACGAAAUUCUUCAGUCUUCUAAGCAGUUCCAGAGGAUAUCCAAGAGAACCACGAGGAAAUAUAAAUUGAAAAAUGUGUGUUUCCCGUGCACCUGCUGCUGUUUCUGA